AGCCCCAAAGAUUACUCCAUCAUCAUCACAUCACUAUGUACAUAUAUAAAGAGAACAAAAGCAAGCAGCUAAGCACCCCAAACUAGAAAAAACAAAGAUAAGCAAAGUGAAGAAGAGAAAGAGAGGAGGAGGAGGAGGAGGAGGUAAUAGCAACACCAUGGGAGUGGAUUACUACAAGAUAUUGCAAGUUGAUAAGACUGCAAAAGAUGAUGAUUUGAAGAAAUCUUAUAGGAAAUUAGCCAUGAAGUGGCAUCCUGAUAAGAACCCUAAUAACAAAAAAGAAGCUGAGGCUAAGUUCAAGCAAAUCUCUGAAGCCUAUGAUGUUCUUAGCGAUCCACAGAAAAGAGCAGUGUAUGACCAAUAUGGUGAAGAGGGUUUAAAGGGUCAAGUACCACCACCUGGUGCUGGUGGUGCUGGUCCUGGAGCUUCAUUCUUUUCUACUGGAGAUGGACCCACAUCAUUUCAUUUCAAUCCUCGAAAUGCUGAUGAUAUUUUUGCUGAAUUUUUUGGGUUUUCUCAUCCGUUUGGAGGGAUGGGAGGAGGUGGUGGUGGUGGUGGUGGUGUUGGAGGCAUGAGAGGGGCAAGGUUUCCUGGUGGGAUGUUUGGUGAAGAUAUCUUCAAGUCCUAUGGUGAAGGCGGAGGAUCAAUGCAUCAAGGUGCUCCUAGAAAGGCUGCUCCAGUUGAGAAUAAGCUGCGAUGUAGUCUUGAAGAGCUUUAUAAGGGAGCUAGCAAGAGAAUGAAGAUAUCCAGGGAGAUUGUUGAUCCAAGUGGCAAGCCUGAGCAAGUGGAGGAGAUUCUAACCAUUGACAUAAAACCAGGUUGGAAGAAAGGCACAAAGAUCACCUUCCCUGAGAAAGGGAAUGAAAUGCCAAAUGUUAUACCAGCAGAUGUAGUCUUCAUUAUUGAUGAAAAACCCCACCCCAUAUUCAGUCGUGAUGGAAAUGACUUGAUCCUCACACAGAAGAUUUCCUUAGCUGAAGCAUUGACAGGUUACACUAUCAAUCUCACAACCUUAGAUGGAAGGAACUUGACCGUUCCUAUCAACACCGUGAUUCAUCCAAACUAUGAGGAGGUUGUUCCGAAGGAAGGGAUGCCAAUCCCAAAAGACCCCACAAAGAGAGGAAAUUUGAGAAUCAAGUUUAGCGUCAAGUUUCCAACAAGGCUAACUGCAGAGCAGAAGGCAGGAAUCAAAACUCUCAUGGGACCUUGAGAUCAAUAUUAGAAUGUGAUGCACCUCCACAGAAAUGGGGCACUUUUUGUGAAUAUGCAUUUUAGGAAAUUACCAACCAGAAUGCGAUGCACUUUUUGUGAAUGUUGUUUAUGGUAUCUGCCUUGAUAGUUUCAGUUUUGGAAAAUUCUACAAUGCCUUACCCUUUAUGGGAGCACAUCAUGCUUUCUCUUUUCACAUAAUUCAGUGCUUUUAUUUUUCAGUAAAACUUCCACUGAGUUCUACAAAACACUCGAUGCAUUAUGUAAUUCAGUAAUUUUGUUACCAAAUUCGGUGAUAUUGUUGCAGAAAGUGAUUAUACGAGGCACCAAGUGUGAUGAUGAAUAUAUUAUGGAAUCUGGUGACCAAUUUACUGAAUUGCAUAAUACAAUUGAGUUUUUUAGCAGAACACAGUGAAAUUUUUGCCAAAAGCUCCCCGAAUUAUGCAAAAUGCUCGCAAAAGUUUCCUGGAAAGGCAUUGUGGAGGCAGCUUAUUCUGUUUUGGAGUGCAGGAUGCCUUCUCUUUGAGACAGAAGCGGUCGAUGUCGAGGGUGUUAAAUGAUAGGGUGUACUGAACUUCUUUAUUACACUAAUAAAAAUUUGCUCCAGUUUUUUUGUGGUGAAUCCUUAUUUUCUUUUCUAGUUCCCUGAGCAUUCAAUGUAAUGAACUUUUUGCAAAGAUGAUGAACGGGAGUGGAUUACUUCAAGAAAAGGAUAUGGUUAGUUGAUAGGAAUGCAGAAGAUGAAGGUUUGGAGUAUACAAAGCUUGUCAUGGAAUGGUCUGUACUCUAACCUUCUAAGAAGAGCAUGAGAGGUUAAAAGGGCAUCCCCAGUGUACAAGGCUCCCGGCUAGGCUAGGGGCAGAGAAGGAUCGACUACGUAUGCAGUCUGUUGCACUUGCGCGAAGUGACUGUUUCCAUCACUCAAAGCCAGUGGCCUGCUCGUAAAAAAUGAGCUCCCCUCGCACUGCGUCAAGGCUCGCUCUCAAUACACAGGAGAGACUGGUAGAUCUAUAUGAUUGAGGCUCCCAAUUUUAUUUUUACUUUUUUCUGAUUUCAACAUCUAAGCCAUACAGUGUUAUUCUUUAAACGGCAUGUGAGUUGCAAUUUAUGAUGUAGAGUAAUAAUACAUGAUAGUUUUCAGUUGUAAA